AUGGAAGCAUUUAUUGGACUUGUUCAUGUUAAAGAUACUAGUGCUUUAUCCCUAAAGAAAGCAAUUGUGGAUGUACUUGCUCACCAUUCUUUAACUUUAGCUUAUGUACGAGGGCAAUGUUAUAAUGGAGCAAGCAAUAUGCAAGGAGAACUUGUAUUAUUGACUUCAAAUAUUUUGAAUGUGUUGGGAGCUUCCUUUAAACGUGUGGAUAAAUUUCGAGAAUAUCAAAAAGAAAAACUCCAAGAGGAAUUAGAUAUGGGUGAGCUAGAAACGGGUAGAGGUUUGAAUCAAGAACUUGGUCUUAUUAAAGCCGGUGAUACUCGUUGGGAAUCUCACUACAAGUCGUUUAAAAAUUUUAUUAGUAACCUUGCCUCCAUUGUUGAUGUACUUGAUUCUCUUGUUGAAAAUGCAAGAAUCACAAAUGAUCUUAAUGUGUCAUUACAGAAAAAGGAACAGGAUAUUGCUAAUGCCAUGAUUCUUGUCAAAGUAGCAAAGAGAAGAUUGCAAGCAUUACGAGAUAAUGAAUGGGAUCCUAUUUUUAAAAAGACUGUUGGUUGGGAUUCGCUCAAAGAAAAGGUCGAGAAAUUUUGUAUCAAGCAUAGUAUUCCAUUACCCAAGUAUGAUGAGCCAUGUGCUAACUCAGGGAGAUCACGACGUAAAGUAGUUGAUUAUACUACUUUGCACCAUUACCGUGUGGAUGUGUUUUAUAAAAUUAUUGAUUGGCAGUUACAAGAACUUAAUGACCGUUUUAAUGAGGUGACAAGUGAUUUGCUUAAUGGUGAAGCUUGCUUGAAUCCAAUUGAUACAUUUUCUAGUUUUGACAUCCAAAAGAUAUUGGUGAUGGCUAAAUUAUAUCCUGAUGAUUUUGAUGAAUUCUCCAAUUUAGGCGGACUUGGAGAACUUUCAAGAAAGUUGGUUGAGAAAAAGAAGCAUUUAACCUAUCCUCUUGUAUUUCUUUUAGUGAAGUUUGCUUUGCUUCUACCUGUUGUCACUGCAUCAGUUGAAAAAGUUUUUUCGGCAAUGAAGUAUAUCAAAAAUGACUUGCAGAAUCGAAUGGAUGAUGAAUUCUUAUAUGGUUGCAUAGUGCCUUAUAUAGAAAAAAGAGUAUUUAAGAAUAUUUCUAAUGAGUGUAUUAUAGAAACAUUUCAAGGGAUGAAGCGUCGCCGAAUGCACUUGUAA